AUGCCUUCCUUUCGCGAGUCUUACUUCUUGGUCCCAUCUCUGGGUCAACAAGAGUCUGACAUGCCGCUCGGAAGCGUUAUCGCGGAUGUCACAACGCUGGAAAGGAUCAAACCGAAUGAAGAUCUUUCAAUCCACAUCGACACAAAAGUAUACAAACUUGCGGAGGUCGAACCCACGGCAGGGUUCAUACGGAGCGGGGGAUUUGACACUAGCCGCUACUCAGCCUUCAGACGAAUUAUGCUCGAUGGCCUUGAGGAACCUCCCGCCUCGGCGUCAGUCAUUGAAUAUGAGAUUGGCUGGGUCAAGACACGACUCUUCCAACCGUCAGCCGAGUUUAUCGCAAAGGCUGCGGCUGACCCAGCUGUCAAGUCUCGUCUCGAAAUCGGGGACGCUGCGAAGGUCUUUGUGAUCACUGGACUCAAGACGACUAAAAUCUUCUCCAUUUCUGAAACUCUAGAGGAAGAGGGCAUAGUCACUCACGAAAAAGAAUUUGAUGGUCCCACCAUACUUGGCUUUAAAGUCAAACGGCUUUUCCUCACUUCGGAUGGUGAGCCAACCAUCGAGAGCUAUGUAGACGGUGCUAUUUUUGAACAGGAUGGAUGA